AUGAAGAUGAACGUAACCACCGGCUUACUAGAUGAUUUGAGAAAGAUUCAGGAAGAGGCAUCAAAGGAAGAGAAGUGGAAAAGUGAAGGAGUGGUGGGAGUAAUACAAUCAAUGGAAAAGGAUAGUCGUGGCUUGAAGUGUUUUCAAGGAAGGGUUUGGUUACCACGAGUGGGUGAAGUGCGUAACCUACUUCUCAAGGAAGCGCACCUGUCGAAGUACUCAAUCCAUCUGAGAACAAACAAGAUGUAUCAAGACCUACAAAAAUCUUACUGGUGGCCAGGGAUGAAAAAGGAUAUAGCCUAUUUUGUUGAAAGGUGUUUGACGUGCUUGAAUGUGAAGGCUAAGCACCAAAGGCCUUAUGGACAGUUACAGUCGAUGUUGAUUCCAGUGCGGAAAUGUGAUCACAUCACGAUGGACUUCGUGACUAUGUUACCGAGGACACCGAAAGGCUAUGAUGCGAUUUGGGUAGUUAUGGAUAGAUUAACUAAAUCGGCGCACUUCCUUCCAAUUAAGGAGACAUACUCGUUGGAAAGCUAUCAUGCAAGUAUAACAGUCACACCAUAUGAGGCUCUAUAUGGUAGGAAGUGUAGAACCCCAUUAUGCUGGAAUGAGGUGGGGGAUAAACAAUUGGCAAGACCUGAACUUGUUCAAAAAACUACCGAUAAAAUCCAGGCAAUUAGGGAUAACAUUAAGGUUGCUCAGGAUCGACAGAAAAGUUAUGCAGAUAAGCGGAGAAAGCCAAUAGUGUUCCAGGAACGAGUUGGAGAGGUGGCCUAUCGAUUGGAGCUACCAAGGGAAAUGCAGGGCAUUCAUAGCACGUUCCAUGUCUCUAAUCUAAAGAAGUGUCUAGUGGACGCCGCCAUGGAAGUGCCACUUCAAGAAAUUAAGGUUGAUGAGAAGCUACGAUAUACAGAAGAACCCGUUGCGAUUAUAGAUCGAAAGGUCAGAAAGUUAAGGAAUGUGGAGAUACCACUUGUGAAAGUUCAGUGGAAGUAUCAUAAAGGUUCAGAUGCAACAUGGGAGACCAAGCGAGACAUAAUGACUAAAUACCCUCAUUUAUUUGCUUAA